AUGUCCGAAGACAAACGCCCAACCCCACCCCGAGGCUCCCAACCACCAUCCGAGCCCAACUCUCCCCAACCCGAAGCGGAGCAUAUUGUCGACGACGAGUACUGGACCGACGGCGACUUUGAGGUCAUCACAAGCAACGGUGUGCGCUUCCGUGUUCCGUCGUACCAUCUCUUUGCAGCUAGUUGGAUCUUUAGAAACGCACGCAGAUUAGCCCCGCCAAACAACUCGCGUAUCCGUUUCACCGAUCCCCUCUGCGAAACCGGCUAUGUCUUCCGCCUCUUCAUGACUCUCGCCGAGAAGGGCCAACUCGACGGAGUAGGCCAACGAGGCAUAUUCAAGGUCCACGUCAAGCUGCACCAGCUCUUCGUCUUCCUGCGUAAAUGGGACUGUCCCGGUCUCCUCGCUAUUCUCCAGCAUUCCGUUUCUCGACUGGUCGACGAGGACCGAUCCCUCGAUCGGAGUAGGAUGUUUAUCGUGGCCGCCCUUAAUGGAGAUUCCAAAUUUUGCCGACGGAUCCUCGAGAUGUCGGCGACCGAUACGUGGGGCGCCAACCGCGACGGCAGCCCGGAUGACAUGAUCGACGCGCCGACGGGGACGCCUAUUUGGGAACCGCAUAGCUGGCCGGUGUGGUUCCAGCUCCAUUGUCCCCCGCUUUAUGCUUGGGCUCUGGCAAGGGCUUGGAGUUCGGUCAUGGCGUCUCCGCCCCCAGAACAUGAGGGGAAUCCAAAGGCUUUUGGGGCAGAGUUCCUCAAUUUCCUCUGGGAGGUGGAGGGCCGUCAGGAGAUCUGGUGA